AUGACAAAAACACGACAGUUGAACACGGAGUGGUGUCAAUUGGAAGUGAUCAACCUGCUGAAUGACGGAACUGGGUUGGGGUUCGGAAUCAUCGGGGGCAAGAGCACAGGGGUUGUCAUCAAGACCAUCGUGGCAGGGGGCGUUGCUGAUCGAGAUGGGCGCCUUCGGAGUGGCGAUCACAUCUUGCAGAUUUGUGAUGUGAACGUCCGAGGCCUGGCUUCCGAGCAAGUGGCAGCCGUCCUUCGUCAGUCAGGAAGUCACGUGAGACUUCUUGUAGCCAGGUCAGUGCAUGAGUACCAGCACCAUCAGAUGAGUCACAUUGGUCAGGUUUUGCCUGUCUUGAGUGUUGAUCACAUCAACAAAAUAAAUACCAACAACUCUCAAAAUACAGCGCAAGAACAGCAACAACAACAACAUUCAUCGCUUUCAACAUCGCCUACCGACCCUAACGUUGCGAAACUUAAUAAAUCGACAACAAUAACGACAUCAAAUUCAACAACAAAUCUUGCGACAUCAUCAGCACAACCAGUAACGCUGACUGAAUGGAGCACUAUCGAAGUGGACUUGUUGAAGGACGAGAAUGGCCUUGGAAUAACCGUUGUUGGGUACAGCAAUGAUUUAACAGGCAUAUUCAUAAGAAGCAUAGCUCACGAUAGCAUCGUUCGUCUGGAUGGCAGACUCCAAGUUAACGACCAAAUAAUUCAAGUAGACGACAAACCACUGAAAGGGCUGACCAAUCAGGAAUCAGUAGAGAUAUUGAGGUUGACAGGUCAUAGGGUCAAGUUGAAGGUGGUUCGUUUCUUCCAGGGCAGCAAGUACGAACAGCUGAUGAGGUGCUCAUUCAACAAUGAAAUACAGCCUCAACAUCCGCCACAACAGCCACAGCAGCCACAACCACAGCAGCCACAACCACAGGUGGGCAUGAGUCUGGAGGGUACCGUGGACGUGGAUGAGGCGGGUCGGGAGUGCCAUCCCCACCACUACAUCAGAUCCAUCUACCCCAGAGGCCCCAUUGCCGUCAAUGGGAAGUUGAAAGUCGGAGAUGAGCUACUAGAGGUAAAUGGAAUAAAUUUUUAUGGCAUGGAUCGUAUGCUGGUUGUAUCAACAUUGAAAGAGUUGCCGCAAAACGUUUGCAUCGUGGUUGCAAGGAGGAACAAACGACAGACACAACAACCACAGCAGCAACAGCAGAAGCCACAACAACAGCAAAUUCAAAUUCAAAAGCCCCAACAACCACAAUCUAAAACAAAUCUUCCCAUCACAAUAGAUCACAAAUUGAAAGCGAAAUCAGACAUCGAGCUAAUCAAAAACGCAAAAACCUCGCACGCGCUUGCACAUAAGCAACAUAAUCCUUACGCACUGGGGUUUUCCAAUCAAAUUAACAGAGUGAGAUCAAAAUCGUUGGAACCAAUGUCGAAAUUUGGAGUAUGGUCUGACAAGGUCGUCAUCGUGGAGAUGCUGAAAAGGGAUGGAGGCUUGGGCUUCAGCAUACUGGAUUACCAGGACCCACUGAAGCCGGGGAACACAAUGAUAGUGAUCAGAAGUUUGGUGCCAGGAGGUGUGGCCCACCAAACAGGGCUCAUCCUGCCGGGGGAUCGACUGGUGUUCAUCAAUGAGGUUAGUCUGUACAACACCACCCUCGAUGUAGCGGUCGAGGCUCUCAAAAGUAUCCCGAAAGGAAAAGUGGUCAUGGGUGUCUUGAAGCCGCAACCUGUGGUUGUCGUCAACAGUGGCGGCAAAUCUGGUAGCGGUAAAAGUGGUGGUGCAAAUGUGAGAAAGAAUGAAGAUCACGAUGAUGUUGGUUUUUUUCAAAGAAUAGAUUUGAAAUUAAAUGUAUAUGUAUUUUUAAUUGCUUUUAAAUUGUUGUGCUUUGAAAAUUCUUAA